CAAGUUGAGGCUCCAAAAGAUGUUUCAUUUGUUGAAUGAUGCAUAAUCAUGCUUGUAGAACUUUACUUCUGCAGACGACCAAUACUUGAAGGUGAUAACUGCUGGCGAGGGCAUGCAGCUGCUUUCCUAAAAUAUGCCAAUGUGGCCCCAGAAGUCCUCCGAAAAGGUCGUGUUAGCCAGACAAAACGCGAGGCUGCCUAUUUUGUGGUUGUUUUACAUGAUUUGAGUACAGUAGUCAUUGCUAUCCGUGGAACUGAGACAGCAGAAGAUGUUAUAACCGAUGGCUUGUGUAAGGAAUGUAACCUUACAAUGGAUGACUUGGAUGGGUUGAUCAAUUCUGAUCAGUUGUCCCCUCAACUGAAGAACACCGUUCUCUCAUCUUUUCCACACUAUGGACACGCAGGAAUUGUUGAAUCAGCUCGAGAGCUGUACACAGUACUUGAGGGACAGCCCAUACCCCAAGGUCAACAAGAGAACAUGCAUUCUCUUGUGUGCAGAGCAUAUAAGUCAGACACAGUGACAGCUAGAUUCUUAUCUUCUCUUCUUGGGGAUGGCUGUGAGUGCAAUGGGUACAAUAUUGAAAUUGUUGGACAUUCUUUAGGAGGUUCUGUAGCUGCACUUCUUGGUAUUAAGCUAUACAGGCGCUUCCCGAAAUUACAUGUGUAUGCUUAUGGAGCCGCGCCAUGUGUGGAUUAUGUGAUAGCAGAUGCAUGCUCACAAUUUGUUACAAGCAUAGUUCACAAUGAUGAAUUCUCUGCACGAUUAUCCAUGAAUUCGGUGAUUAGAUUGCGUAGCUUGGCUGUGAAGGCUCUCUCAAAGACUUCGCCCAAUUCUGCUAAAGUGGGUAAACUAGUUUGUGGAAUCAUGAAUGCCAGAACAGAUGAGAAAAAUGCAAUAGAGCAUUGUGCUUCAAUUGGUGCUUUGCAGACAGUCAGCAACGCUAAGCUAAGUAAUGAUCAAAUGCGUGUAAAGAAUCCAAUGCAUACCAUCAGAGGUGGCUUAUUUCUCUUUGGCAAAGCAAUAUCUUGCUUGGUAAAUACCCCAAAAUAUCGAGUUAGCUCCACAGCAGCAAUUAAUUAUGAGUUGGGCAGAUCUAGAAUGACUACUGCCAGUGACGGAGGGAAAUGCACUGUUGUUUCCCGUGGUUUUUCGGAUGUUUCACACUCUGGAGAAGCUAGUAGUGCACACAGAGAGAAUGGGAUUCGAGAAGAUGACUUCUAUGAACGCGGUGAGGAGUCCAGACUGCCUCGUUUCAAUAAUGAUACUGAACUCACAUCUGCUUCAAAUGACCACCUCAGUACAAUAAGCUCAUCGGAAGGACAGUCGCCAGAGGUUUAUCUUCCUGGCCUUGUUGUUCAUAUUGUUCCAGUAAAGAAGAGUACCUCUCCAUUGCAAAAAACAACUGUGACUCAUCGCAAGAACAAGAGCUACAAAGCAUUUAUCGCUAAUCGGAAAGAUUUUAUGGACCUUGUUGUGACGCCUCGCAUGGUCCUUGAUCAUCUCCCUUGGAGGUGUCAGUAUGCCAUGCAAAAGGUUAUAGAAACACAGAAACGGGAGCAGCUCACCCAUGAUUCGUCAGCUGCAGAGGAUGCUGUAUAAAUCUAUUGGCGGCGCUUGCCUUCUUUGUUGUACAUACUUUAGGAUCACCUGCAUGCUCUAUGUGCAAUAUCGGUUGCUGGUUACAUUAUUGUCUGCAAGUAGAAGAGUUUAGGGACCAAACAGGCCAUCUUCAUACCAUUUUGGUGAGGAUUACUUGGAAGCUCUCAGCAUUGUUGUACACAACCUGCUCUGAGAUCAACCGAGACUGGCUUUAUUAUUUAUGAAACCUUGUGUAGUAGAUUAUAACCACCGUGUAGUAGAUGUUGGAAAUAUGCCCUGGAGUCAAUCAUAUUUCUUUGCAUUCAUGGUUAAUAAAGUGUUCCUUGAAUAUUUAUGGAUGACAACUUGCAUUGAUUAAUGCUUAUGUGAAGUAUUUGUGAAACUCUUUACUUGUA